AUGUCCGACGCGGAUUUCCAGAAAGUGCGCCAAGCACAGCUGGAGCGCAACGUGGCCUCAGGGAAGAACGGCAUCAAAGACGCUACCAGCCAGCGCACUAACUCCGACAAGGCCUCUCUGACCGAGAACUUCGACAAGGACCUCUACGGCGAUGACUCCCGCGACAGAUUUGCGGGCUACAAUACCUCCAUCGCCGUUGACGACGAUGAAGACAUGCAGGAUGCCGACGACGACGGGGAAGAUGGAAGACUGGUGGGACAGUACACGGCUACGGCCGCACAAAUAGGUGAGUGGGCGCACGGAGAGACGGCGGAGGCGGACAUCUUGCGGAGCAGGGAGAAGCAAGCGCAGAUUGCGAACAGAGAGACGGACUAUCAAAAGCAGCGGUUCAAGCGGGGUUUGGAUGGAGAUGGCGAGAAGUCUUAUCGUGAGGUUAUGCAACAGCGUGAUUUGGAGCGAGAGGAGGCCCGAGUGCAGAAGCUCGUCGAAGAGAAAGAAAAGGAGACAAUGAUGAACGGUGAAGAUGAUGAGAUGGAUGGCGUCGAGCACAAGGCUCUCCUCAAAGAUGGUACCCCGCCAGCUGAAGAGAAGAAGAAGACCAAGAAGAGACGAUGGGACAGUGGAGCGGACACCAACGGUGAUGCUGUCGCGAACGGGGCCAACGGAACCGUGGCCAACGGACAUGCUGCAAAUGGUGAGGCUGCUUCGAAGAAAUCCAGAUGGGACACAACGCCCGCACCGAAUGGAAAGCCAGCAGCACCACAAAAGUCCCGCUGGGAUAUGGUCGACAGCGGAAGCGCACCAACCCCAGUCGCAGCUCCAGAGGCUACACCAAGACCAGUACAACCUACUUUCAGCUUUGGGACGGAUAUCUCUGGCCGAAAUGCACCGCUUUCCGACGAAGAGCUCGACGAGAUGCUCCCAAAGGAAGGCUACAAGAUCGUCGACCCACCGCCAGGAUUUGAACCGUCACAAGCCCCAGCACGUAGAAUCGCCCCGGCCGCUACUCCUGCGAAAACCGGAGGAUUCAUGAUGCAAGAGCCUGUGGACGCUCGAUCCAUGGGCAAGCAGCUUCCAUCCGAUAUUCCGGGCGUGGGCGAUCUCCAGUUCUUCAAGGCCGAGGACAUGGCCUAUUUCGGCAAGCUUGUCGAUGGCGCGGAUGAGAAUGAGAUGAGCGUCGAUGAGCUUAAGAAGCGAAAGAUCAUGCGCCUGCUGCUCAAAGUCAAGAACGGUACUCCACCCAUGAGGAAGACCGCAUUGCGUCAAAUCACGGACAAUGCUCGUGCUUUUGGCGCAGGACCGCUGUUUGAUCAGAUCUUGCCGCUGCUGAUGGAGAAGAGUCUUGAGGAUCAAGAGCGCCAUUUGCUCGUCAAGGUCAUUGACCGUGUCCUGUACAAGCUCGAUGAUCUGGUUCGGCCUUACACCCACAAGAUUCUGGUAGUUAUCGAGCCACUCCUUAUCGACCAAGACUACUACGCCCGAGUCGAAGGCCGCGAGAUCAUCUCCAACCUUGCUAAGGCGGCCGGUCUUGCCCACAUGAUUAGCACCAUGCGACCAGAUAUUGAUCAUGUCGACGAAUAUGUCCGAAACACCACAGCCAGAGCCUUCGCCGUUGUCGCGUCUGCUUUGGGCAUCCCCACGCUUCUUCCAUUCUUGAAGGCCGUCUGCAAGAGCAAGAAGUCAUGGCAAGCUCGUCAUACCGGUGUCAAGAUCAUCCAGCAGAUUCCCAUCCUCAUGGGCUGCGCCGUACUUCCACACCUGACCGGGCUCGUACAAUGCAUCGGCGACAACCUGAAUGAUGAGCAAACAAAGGUCAGAACUGUCACCGCGCUUGCUAUGGCAGCUCUUGCCGAAGCGUCAGCUCCAUAUGGUAUCGAAGCAUUCGACCCGAUCUUGAACCCCCUCUGGACCGGCGCGAGGAAGCAGCGUGGAAAAGGCCUGGCUGGCUUCUUGAAGGCCGUUGGCUUCGUCAUUCCACUCAUGGACGAAGAGUACAGCAGCUACUACGUCAGUCAGAUCAUGGAGAUCCUGCUUCGUGAAUUUCAGAGUCCAGACGACGAGAUGAAGAAGGUCGUGCUGAAGGUCGUCAGCCAGUGCGUCAAGUCCAAGGGUGUCACUCCAAUCUACCUGCGGGACUCAUUGCUCAAUGACUUCUUCAAGCACUUCUGGGUGCGGCGUAUGGCAAUCGACAAGCGCAACUACAAGCAGGUUGUAGAGACUACGGUGGAUCUUGGCUCAAAGAUCGGCGUCGGCGAGUUGGUCGAGAGACUCGUCGUGAACCUCAAAGACGAGAGCGAGCCCUACCGGAAGAUGACAGUGGAGACCAUCGAGAAGAUCGUGGCUGCUCAAGGCGCAGCUGAUAUCAACGAGCGACUGGAAGAACGCCUCGUAGACGGCAUUCUACAUGCGUUCCAAGAGCAGAGCGUUGAGGAGCAGGUCUUGCUGAGCGGUUUCGCAACGAUCGUCAACUCUUUGGGAACGCGAUGCAAGCCUUAUCUGCCACAAAUCGUCAGCACUAUUCUCUGGCGGUUGAACAACAAAUCCGCCACUGUGCGCCAGCAAGCAGCCGAUCUGGUCAGCAGAAUCGCCAUCGUCAUGAAGCAGUGCGACGAGGACCAGUUACUCGGCAAGCUCGGUGCUGUGUUCUACGAAUAUCUUGGUGAGGAGUAUCCUGAGGUACUGGGCAGCAUUCUCGGUGCCAUGAAGAGCAUCGUCAACGUGGUCGGUAUCAGCAGCAUGCAGCCGCCGAUCAAAGACCUGCUUCCACGCCUUACACCAAUUUUGAGGAACAGACACGAGAAGGUGCAAGAGACCACGAUCGAUCUCGUGGGUCGUAUUGCAGAUCGUGGACCAGAAUCCGUCAACGCACGUGAGUGGAUGCGUAUCUGCUUUGAGCUCCUCGACAUGCUCAAAGCGCACAAGAAGGGUAUCCGACGUGCUGCCAACAACACAUUCGGUUUCAUCGCCAAGGCCAUUGGACCACAGGAUGUGCUUGCUACGCUCCUCAACAACCUUCGUGUCCAGGAGCGUCAGUCGCGUGUCUGCACCGCUGUGGCGAUCGGCAUCGUGGCAGAGACCUGCGCUCCAUUCACUGUCUUGCCAGCGCUCAUGAACGAAUAUCGCGUUCCAGAACUGAACGUUCAGAACGGUGUCCUCAAGGCGCUGUCCUUCCUCUUCGAAUACAUCGGUGAGAUGGGCAAAGACUACGUCUAUGCUGUCACCCCGCUCAUCGAGGACGCCUUGAUCGACCGAGACCAGGUCCAUCGCCAGACUGCCGCCAGCGUCGUCAAGCACGUUGCCCUGGGAGUGGUUGGUCUCGGCUGCGAGGAUGCCAUGCUUCAUCUGCUCAACUUGCUGUACCCAAAUCUGUUCGAGACCAGCCCUCACGUCAUCGAUCGUGUCAUCGAGGCGAUUGACGCUGUGCGAAUGGCUGUCGGUACCGGUGCGGUCAUGAACUACGUCUGGGCAGGCCUGUUCCAUCCAGCCCGCAAGGUCCGUACGCCGUACUGGCGCCUCUACAACGAGGCCUACCAAUUCAACUCGGAUUCCAUGGUCCCGUACUACCCAAGCGUCGAGGACGAUAAGCUGAAGCGCAACGAGUUGACGAUCAUGCUCUGA